CGCUGCCUGCCGCAGUUAUGGAACCGAGCGCGGACUUGGCCUUGCUGAUUGCUUUGGUUGUCAUUGCUGCGACAGCCUUGCUGGUAGUUUGCAAGACUAGGAGAUCCCAGAGGAAGAGUGAUCCCAUUACAUUACAGGAUCCACACACUAAGUAUCCAUUGCCAUUGAUAAAGAAAGAGGAGAUCAGUCAUGAUACCAAGAAAUUCAGGUUUGGGCUUCCGUCGCCGGAUCACGUAUUAGGGCUACCUAUAGGACAGCAUGUUUACCUCUCUUCCAAAAUCAAUGGUAAUCUUGUCAUCCGGGCCUACACUCCAGUUUCCAGUGACGAAGUAAAAGGUUAUGUUGACUUAAUUAUAAAGGUCUACUACAAAAAUGUCAAUCCCAAAUUCCCUGAAGGCGGGAAGAUGUCCCAGUACUUAAACAGCAUGACUGUUGGGGAUACCAUUGACUUCAGAGGGCCAAAUGGGCUCCUUGUAUACAAGGGGACAGGUAACUUUGCUAUCAAGCCUGACAAGAAGUCUGAAGCACACAGGAAGUUUGUAAAGCAUCUUGGGAUGAUAGCUGGAGGAACAGGAAUAACUCCGAUGUUGCAGCUGAUCCAUCACAUCACAAAGGAUCCUAAUGAUGAUACAAAGUGUUACCUCCUUUUUGCUAAUCAGACUGAAAAAGACAUAUUACUGAGAGCAGAGCUAGAAGAGGUAGCCAAAAAUCACCCUGAUCAAUUUAAAGUGCAGUAUACAUUGGACAGACCUCCUCAUGUCUCAAACUGCAAAGAUGAGAUUGUGGGAUUUCCUGCUGUGAGCAAAUUUCUCAUUGCAGAGAGAGCACAGUAAGGAUCAGCAUGCUCUCUGCUGGCCUAAGAACACACCCACCUGCUAGGGCUUCAGGAAGGGUGAAAGGUGAUCUGUCCUUUCUCUUCAUCCCAGUAGUAUAAUCAGGAUAGAGAAAGCGGAGACAAGGAGAGUUGCAGAGGAAGAAAGAAUGAGGGAUGAAGUUCCUUCUUCCUCCUUAAGGAGUCUCAAUCCUAAAGCCAAUCCUAUCUCUAAAUCAGACUGCAGCUUUUUCAGCAAUGGUUCAGUGAACAACUGUCUGCACCAGUGUCUGUCAGAUCCCAAGAUAGCAUCUGCUGCACCAUGAAUCAUAUAGCAUGAUAGAAAGUCACUGGAAUUGUCAAAGUAUCAUCCUCGCCACUAUCAUUUAAUAUGAAGAGGACCUUUAUUCUGUGACAGAGGCAUGGUCUACUUAUGUUGUUGCUAUAUUGCAAGUUAAUUAUAAAAGUACAAAAUUAUAAAACCGAUAAUUUAGCAGGUGACGGUGCAUAAAUCCACUGUAUAAAAGUAAUCAUAAAUCUGUAAAGAAAUCUUUUACUAGUCUUAAUCAUUGGCCAAUUUUACCCUCUCUGGAUGUUGAGGAAUAAUUUUGCAUAGCUUUUCUUAAUGCCCAUGUAAAAAUACCUAGCACAGUGUUUUUUUUGUUGUUGUUUUUUACAUGUAAAGUGUUGCUUCAUAAACCUCAUAUACAUUUUACACUUCUCAGUGGCAGAAAAACCUAAGCCAUUUUCUGCAUAUAGCACCCAGCUUUCAUCAGCCAGUUCUCUGGAUACAUGUGAGGUAUAACAAUGUUCAUCA